AAGCUUAUCAACAUUUGAGGGAUAAAGGGAAAGGCUCAUCAACAUUUCGAGCUAUACUGUUUUCUGCCAGAGUUCUUUAGAAGCUCUUUCCAAACCAUCUGCCAGAGUUCGAACCUCUAGGAUUCUGAGGGGCGAUGCAUAAGCCAGGACUUCACCUAAAUGUGCUGAUGUGACAAGGUGACCAGUGGUAGGUAGGGCUUGGUUUGUGAUUUACAGGGGAAGCAGGUGAUUCUUGUAGUGUGGAUCACGCUCCAUGAGAUAACUAUAAGGUGAAUUUCAUUUUAGCUAUUAGUAAAACUGAAGUUUGCUGUGUGUACAAGUUAAACUAUUCCCUGCACUUUGAGCUCUAAUAAUGAAAAAGCUUGUCUGCCUUUUUUUGUAUCCUGUUGCUGCAUGCACAGAUGAUUUGGAAGCUCACAGUGAUUCUCAAAUGCUUCUGUCAGAGGGAGAGUGGGCUCAACCCGCUAUUAGUUAUUAUGGGGGUGGGACCAGGGCUUUUAUUAUGCUUUUUUCUUAAAGGGGCAGGGUUGGGUUUUAAUCUCUGAAAUUCAGGGAGUGGGGUGUUAUUUUGUUUACAUCCUGCUUAUUGUAUCGGAGACUGUGCAGAUAAACCACACACCUCAAUAGGAAAUGUCAAAGUAAUGUGCUGUAUUCAUUGUGCGGGUUUCUUUUUUUAGGUUCAUUGCAACAGCCUUCAUCAAAAGCUUGAUUCAACUUUGCAUACCUCAUAGUGUAUACAUCAGUUAGGUGGGCUGAGUCACAGAAAUACAUAGGGGAGACCGGGACUUGUUGUCACGUUGCAAUUAUCUCUGCCACCAGAGGGCGCAACUAAAAUGUGGAAUACUAAUUUUAUUCUUCUACAUGGUCAGAGGUUGUGUCCUGUCUGAGAAGAGAAGAGAACAUUGUGAGCUGAGAUGAGCGCCAAUUAACCAUUUUGCGCAACCCAAAGUAAAAAAAUAUAUAUAUAUUAUAUCUUAUACUAUGUUAUAUCUAACACAGUACUUGUUAGAGGAGAGAUUAAGGCAUCCUGUCAUAUCUCAGUUAUUGUUCUGUUUUAAGCUAACUUUAAGCUAGAGCCAGAAUUAGUAAACAUGGUAGUUUGGGGCAACAUGUCUCAGUCAUUUUGGGGUUAGUUGUCACGUGUUUAAAAGGGAAUAAAAUUAACAUAGAGUCUGAUUAUCAGCAGUUGUCAUGAUGAGAUUUUGACUUGAUUUUUACAGAGAAAAGAGUGGUUUAAAAGAGAGGAGAAAAUGAGAAGACAUGGUCAGGAUUUACUAAAGAAAAACAGAACAUGGCAGUGCAGUUCCUGACGUGAUGCUGAGGGCGGUCAGACAGGUGACCCUAGCUAAUGAAUCAAUCUGGAGGACAAUAAAGGACGUUAAUGUCUACUAUACCUUUGCUCGGUACUGCAAAAACAUUCACCCUAACCAAAAUACAGAGUCCGACAGCUCUCCAAACUCCAGAGCAUGUUACAUAAUAUUUUAUGUUAACGUUUGUUCAAUGACUUUUUGUAGCUCAAUGUUACGCAUUGUCCGAGUCUGACUUUCAUGUUGACUUUCAUGUAAAAUGUGAGAACAACAAUAAUUUUGUCCCUGUUUUAAUAGCUGCAAAAUCCACUGUGACAUCUUACCCCAUGUAGUGAGACAAAUUACCCGAUGGUGGGGCAACAUGUCACAUGUUCACACUCUCUAUUUGAUUGCUUAUAACUCUGCACUGACACAAGAUAUGAAUAUGACAUGAAUACAAAAUAUAUACCCGAGACUUUGGUCUUUCAUCUGGUACACAUUUUGUUUACAUAUGGUUGCAAGAAAUAUGCAAGUGUUUAAAAAGUGUGACAGCAAGCCCCAGUCUCCCCUAUUCACUGACCUGAUAUAGUGUAUAUGUGAUAUAUUCACUGAUAUAGUGUAAACCUACGAAUAAGGACGAAAAUCCGCUUAUUUCAGACUGUCUUCCCCACAGAAAACAACAGUAAGAUUAAAUUUGGUGGGGGGAAAACGACCUAAAUUUGAUAACGAAUGUAGAGAUCGGUGGUGAAUAAUUUUAUUCUGCACAAUAUUGGGCGGAAGCGUUUUUCUUGUUGCUGCUUAAGAAUAGCGUCGACUUCACUGUAGUCCUCAGGAGCAGCAGCAGCAGCAGCGUGGGAUAAUAGGAUGAGAGGAUGCUGUGGGAGAGAGGGCUGAGGGAACAGCUGGAUGAUGGGAUUUAUCAGAGACACCUGAUUUUAUAACGAUCUGCACUUAGUGCCACAUAAUCUUUUGUUCUGUCCGCCUUGGCUCGGUGUCCCACCUGAUGUGCGUUGUCGCUGGCUGCUGCUGCUGCCUGAUCAGCCUCCGUGUUUCCAUCGGUCCAUCUAUGGGGAUGCGACGGGCCCUCAGAGCUCAAGGCACAAUGGCAACAUCCAUCAGCGGCUGCUCUGCUUUCAGAUGUCGGGAGAUUUAUCUUCUAAAUCUUAUAAACGGAGAGCAAACCUGCACAUGCUUUUAGGAGAGACGGACAAAGAAGGCGUCGUGUUUGGGGGCAGACAUCAUCACUGAGUCCUAUCCAUCUCCUUCAGAUCCAGGUGUGGAGCAGAUUCUGUUUGUUAUGAGCUCUAGUGACCGGUGUGAACACAAACAUCUGUGGAGGUUUUUUCCUCUGAUGUAGGUUUCUCUACCAAGUCGUGUAGGUGUGCUCCUGAUAAACGUGCAAUAGCCUGAAUUGGUCAGGAGAGCUAUUGUUUACUGUUAUUGUGUAUUGUGGGCUCAGCCCAAGGUGGCACGGCCUGCAGCACCGCUGGAUAGAUUCCGUGUCCACCUUCAAAUGCGAUGUUGAUGGAGAAAUAAUAACAUAUUUAACAUCGUUUUAACAGGGCGGGGUUGCAGUGUAGUCUUGUGUUUUUAUCAUAGUGGAUUAUCGAGGGUAAAUUGAAGGGACAACAGUGGAACCUAUUCUACCUGCAGGACCACCUCCACAACAGCAGACUUCACACAACCCACUCAUGAUCAUUCCACAGCCCAGGACUGUGUAAACCAAUGAGCGAGUUAAUGAUCCCAUUUGUCAGUGAAUAUAUUUGUCAUCUUUAAAGCAGUUACAAAACGGACAUGAUUUGGUCAUUGCUGAAACGGUGGAAAGCUUUGAAUCAUAUAUUCAUUUUAUUGUUACUGAGGACAGUAAACUGUUACAGAGGGAGGUUUUUUUUAUUUCUCAUGUUUAUAAUAUUAUUUAUAAAUUAUUUCUCAUAAUUUAUAAAUGGUAAAUAGAUAGUUUAUUGAUGUUAGAUCAUCAUUUAAAAACAGCAUAUAGACCAGUUAUAAAUGGCAAAUAGAUAGGUUAUCAAUGUAAGUUCAUAGUUAAUUUACCAUUAACUAGCAGUGAAAUUAUGAUCAAUAAUUUUCAUUAAUUAUUAAUGGACUAUUUUUAAAGGUUUAUAUAGGGUUUAAAUAUUGAUUGUAAAACAUCUAGAUUAGAAUGUGUGUCAGUAGCACUUUGUAAAUAAUUAACAAGUGGUUUAUAAACCAUCUAUAAACAUUACUUAGAUGGUUAUUGUAAAGUUAGGGUUAAGGUUAGGCUUUUAAAAUUGUAAAAUUUACAACUUAUUAUUGGUCUGUAUAUUAUUUAUUAAUGAUGAUUAAACAUUAAUAAACUAUCUGCUUACCAUUUAUAAAUGGUCUAUUUACCAUUUCUAAGUUAUGGUUAUUGUAAAGUGUUAUCCACAUUUUUACUUCAUAACAUUUAUAAAUAUUUACAGAGAAAAAAACAAAAAACUUGUACAGUCGGAUUGCAAAUAAGCACCAGUAACCAUUGAUGAUAUGUUACAUAGGGAAAGGCUUCAUUACUAAAGAUACAAAACAUGAUGUUGAAAUAAAAUCUUAAUCUUAAAGUUAUCAUUUAUCUCUGGUUAUUGAUUGAUUUUGAUUGAGCAUAUAAGUGUCUAGCUAAGCAGUAAAGUGCAGCUGUGGCUCAGGGGGUACAGUACAGUACAGUGGCACUUUACAUAUCAGCCUCUUCCAAAGGGAAAAAUGGCAUUUCUAUGGUUUCAUAGAAUAUAAUUUUCAAGUCAUAUCUCUUAUGGUUUUGUCAUCAGAAUUAAAGGAAGUUAUUCUCAUGAAAUGUUUAAUAGUUAGAGGUUUUGUGGGCUUUACAUAUCUAUAAGCUUUUUUUCACUAUUGUACAAAAUUCAGCUGAUUCAGAAAAUAGAACUUUUUGAAAGUAUUACACAUCUUUGCUUGAAUAAAAUGGCUUUAAAAUGUAUGUAUGUAAAUAUAUGUAUGAUAGUUUAGUGUCAAAAUGUUUGGGGUAAUAAAUAUGAAAGUUGAGGAUGACUGACAGCAAACGGCUGAGGCUGGAAGUACAGUUAAGUGUCGAGAGCUAUGGUGUUUGGGGUGCAUAUAACUUGUUUCCAGUAAUAUAAAGAGGCAUUUAGGGUGACAGCAUAAUGCCAACAAAACUAUGAAACUAUAAAGAUAACAACGAUUAUAAACUGCAACUAAACACCCUGUGCUUCCAUAUCAGCAGCUGUGAUUGACAGGACUACAAGCAGUUAUAGUGACACUUACUCAUGUCAUUGCACAAGUGAGGAAGGCUAUGGUGGGCUCAGCUGUACCGUAGAAAGAAAAUGAAUUAUAUUUGUUGACUGUUCUCUCAUCCCCAGUCCUGUCUAUCGGUGUAAUGGCCGUGUCGUUGGUGCCUCUUCUCUCGGUGAUCCUCCUCUCCCUCCAAAUUCCUGCUCAAGCAUCUCCUUCCUGCCCGGUGAGUUGCCGAUGCUACAGCCUCACAGUGGAAUGUGGCUCCACUGGCCUGAAGGACAUCCCCAAACACAUCCCCCCGUCCACACAGGUAGGCUCAAUGUAGUGAAAGAGGACAUUCACUGACAAGGCAACAGAUCGUUCUUGACUGAAUAAACGAAACAAAAAUUCACUUUGAAAUAAUGACCAACACUAACUGUAACUGUGUCCUUGUCUUUUUUUUUUAUUGUGCUUCUCUAUAUCCAGACUGUUUUCCUCCAGGAUAAUGUGAUUGGCCAGAUUCGUCGACAGGACCUCACUCUGCUGAGGCACCUGUAUUACUUGUAUCUGCAGGUAAUGAGAGACCACAUCCCCACCAACACACCCAAAGGGAGGGUUUAAAGAAGUGACUGAGAGGGAUUUUCUAAUGUAAUUUAUUAUUCAUUAUAGGGUAGCUGAGCUUUACAGAAUCUACAGUGUGAUGGAAUAACUGCCCUUAAAUGUUUGGAUGAAGGAAUGAAGAGUUUUCAUACAUGACUAGUAUACACUAUAAAAUAAUGUCACAUUGACUAAGUACGUCAUUCAGAGGUAGAAGAUGCAAUGACAGGACAGGAUGCUCUGCUGGUGUUAGGGUUGAAAAAAGGAUGCAGGAUGAGUUCAGGAGCUUGAGCUGAAUUCUGAUGAGAUGGACUACUAGACGUUGAAGCUAUCUCUUGUUUGUUUUAUACUUAAAAGAUUUAACACCCUCAAAUAGCUGAUAACUAGGAACACAGAAAUAAGGAUAGCUAUUAACAUGAAUGAAUGAACUAACCAACAGACUAAAUGAACAUCUAAUCAAACACUUUUAAAGUUUUAAAGGGCAUUAACAUCUGUUAUGUUUGCUUUUAUCUCUAACAAAUAUAAAGUUUAACCACAGGUAAACAAUCAAAAAUAGUCCUCUCAGCAUUUGUAGAUAAGAUAGAUUGUAAUCAAUCAGCCUGUGUGAUAACCAGGUUAAAAUCUCCUCAGGACCUGUUGGUCAGAAAUUAAAACCCCUGAAUGUACAGUGUGUGACCACUAGAUGGACCCAAAGAAAGGUGUGUGCCAGUUGUAGCUGGAAAUAAUCGAAGAAACAGCAACAUAAACAUUGAGACCAUGUCUUCAGUAAUGUAUAAAUCAUGUUUAUAAUGUCAUACAAAACAAGUUCUUGCAGUCACUGAGUGAUAACCAUCAGUAAAAGAUGUUUCACCCCUCGUAUCCCUUCCCCCUCCAGAACAACACCAUUUCGGCAGUGGAGCCUGGCUCUUUCCAGAACCAGGGUCAGCUAUUGGAGCUGGCUCUGAAUGGGAACCGGAUCCACCUGGUGACAGCUGACAUGUUUCAGGGACUUGAACACCUCCGCAUUCUUUACCUAGCAGGAAAUGACAUCACACGCCUUCUGGACUACACCUUCCGUGGCUUACAAGUGAGACAUGUUACAGUUUUAUCUAUGUGCACAGUCCAACACUGUGAUUUUUCAUACAUGCAGCAGUCAGGAUAACAACACUACUGAGCAUGCAUUACACACUAACGCAUAAAAAAGAAAACACAGUGGUCUUUCAACAAAAGAAAAAGAUUAAUAGAACAUAACUUUUGCACAACUGGAUAAGUUUGGUGAGGAGAAGAUGUCUAUGAAAACAUAUGACAGCUCCUGCACAUGGUCUCCACAUCACGCUGUACUCAAAACUUUGUCAGUUUGAUUUAUUGUAAGAAUUAACGAUGUGUCCACGAAUCAAAACAGAGCAGCUGACUCUGUCUUUUUCAGUUCUACAUUUUUAUUUCUACACUUUAGCGAUGAAAAGCAACAAAUUAUUUUGAAUACCUCACAUGUUUUGGACUUUGUGUAGCAGUUUUCUUCAUUCUUAUUUGAAACUUUAUAACUGACUGGAGUCACUUCCUUCAUGUCUCUGCAGCGUCUGCAGGAACUCCAUUUGCAGCACAACAGUAUAGAGAUGUUGGCGGAUCAGGCUCUUGUUGGUUUGAGUUCACUGGCUCUAUUGGACCUAAGCAGGAAUAAUCUUCAUACUAUUGGCCCUGCAACCCUGAGACCUCUGGUCAGCCUUCAGGUGCUGCGUAUUACAGGUGACAGUAACUCCUUCAUUAUACUUAAUUUGCACUGUAUAUAUAUUUAUAACCCCUUCCCUCAGUGCACUAAAAAUGUCUUUCUCUAAGAUCAUUACAAACAGCUGACACAUCGUUUCUUUCAACACCCAGACAUAACUUAGCCCCCUCUCCUCUGUGCUGUAGAUAACCCGUGGCGCUGUGACUGCGCUCUUCACUGGCUGAGGAGCUGGAUUGAUGAGGAGGGUCAGCGGCUGCUCAGCUCUGCAGAACGCAGACUGGUCUGCACCGAACCACCACGCCUUUCCCAUCUUAGCCUGGUGGAGGUCCCCCUCAACAGCCUGGUUUGCAUCCCUCCACUAGUCCAGCUGGAGCCCAGGAGACUAGCUGUGCACCUGGGAGAGAGCCUUCGAGUGUCAUGCCAUGCCUCUGGUUAUCCAAGGCCUCAGGUAGGGACAGUUAGCAUGUCAUCGUAAUUGGUUAUUUGAGGAUUGGAAUGACACCAGCAGAAUCAGUCAUUUCAAAUCAGUCGGUGCAGACCCUAACACAGGAGGAGGGUUAAAGCUGUAACCAAUAUUCUCGGUUUCUCUGACAGUUACAAGAAUGUAGUCCGUGGUUUUAUCUGGAGAAAACGGCAUCUGUAUCCUGUCCAGACUCACAGUAAUAUUGUACAUAUUGAUUGUCAAGAGGGCAAACAACAAUCUUAGAUUCUCAAGCAUCACCCUUAAACUGUUUUUGUUGAAUCAGUGGAGAGCGACCAAGCCUUUUUCAAAUUUAAUAAGAGCUGUAAUGGUUUAUUUUCAUCCCUCAAUGCUUCUUUUCCUGUACUUUUAGUCUGCUUUUCCAUCUAGCCUGUUGUUUUCCUACUUUAAACAUUUGGUAUGCAAGAAGACAUUUCUGUAUGCUAUCAAGAACACAUUUGCCUAUUGCUCACUUCUUUCCCUUGGUUUGUGUAGAGGAGCUAAAGUUGUUUGUGUGUGUGUUUUUUUUAAUUGGACUUCAUUUAUUCCCCUCAAAAGCAGCUACUAAUGCACAAUGUGGAGUACUUCACAGCCCUCUGAGAAUAAAGCAAGAGCACUAAGUCUAACUAAUGCAUGCAUGUAAUUAAUUCUUUUGAUGGAAGUGAUCCUGACUGGACUCAAGAUUAACUCAAUUAUUCAAAAUGUGAAACAGUGUUAUAUAAUCAGAUACACACUCAGGUAUUCAAAUUAUUGUCUUUUAAAUACUGAAAAAAGCCUUUACAAUUACAUAAGUUUGUAAUAAAAUGUUCCUAAAAAAAGGAUCAGAUCAUGAUCUUGAAGUUUUGCCUUACUGACCUUUGCUGCAUUGGUAUUAUUGCUCUAUUAUAUACGUUCAGAUCCUUUAGGUGACCCUUCAACUUGUAAUAUUGUUUGGUUUGAACAUUGAAUAUCAUUUACGAUGAAGGCAGAGUCAUGUAUUCUGUUUAGGUUGAUAAUGUUUCCUCAGUCAGUCUUUUUUAUUUUAAAGAUUUUGUGGUAGUAUCACUGAACCCACCUGAAUCUUUGCAGGUGACCUGGAGAAAGGCGUCCCAGGGUAAGGUGGUGCUUUCACCCAGAGGCCUGGUUCAGGAGCUGGGUGCUGGAGGGAGCAGAGCGGAGGAGCCUUCAGAGGAAGGGAGAGUCAGUCUGCAGAAGACAGAGGGCGAGCGCUUCGACCCCGACACCGGCAGUGGGAUGUUGUUCCUCAGUAACGUGACUGUGGCUCAUGCUGGUUUUUAUGAAUGCGAAGCCUGGAAUGCAGGGGGCGUGGCCAGAGUGACCUUUCAGCUUGCCAUUAACUCCUCCUCGUCGUCCUCCUCUUCCUCCUCCAUUUGGGCAUCAUGGUCACAGGUAUCCUCAGCGUACUCCCCUGCCUGGCCUCGGUUAAGAAGUCAUGGUUCAGCUGUGGGCUCAGACGUGAGCCGGGAGCCACUGUACGCUCUGGGCAGUAUGGCCUUCAGUGCUCUGGGGGCAGCUACCCAGACGGCCAUCGCUGUGGGCAUUUCCCUGCUGGCUCUGACCGCCUUGCUGCUGGUCGCUAUGAUCUACAGCCGACAUCACCAACGAGACAAGGAAGCUGAUGGUGAAGGUGAAAAGGUGUGUAUCUGUGUUUAGAUGUAAAAAGGGAAUAGCAUAUUUUGAGCAGCUGGAGUUGUGUGAACAUUUUUUAUGAUGACAGAAGAUGGUACUUAUUUGGAGGUGUGCAAAGUAAACAAGAACAUCAAUAGUGACCAGGAAUGGGCUGUACUUUUAGUUUAAAGAUCCUGCUCUUACUUUAACUGAAUUUCCCUUCGAGGAUUAAUAAAGUGACCUAAAUGCACAAUUCAAAAGCCAGCAUUCAAGAUGGAGGGGAUGCCAAAGUGCCUACAGCACUGGGUAGCUUACACAUCUAUUAAUGCUGAACAAUAUACAUGAUUGCUGGAGAAACAAACACUGCAAUCCAACACAUAUCCAAGGAAGACCUUACACAUACCAACAAGAAGAUGCUAAACCACAUUCUGCAUAGAGUGUCAUGUGUGAAACAAAAACGAAAGGGAGGACCCACGUGCAGAACUCAAAAUAGUUUAUCAAAAAACAAACAAAAAAAAAACAACUUAAUAUUUAAAUGUCCCACCAAAAAAAGAAACAAGAGACAUAGGAGGGAAAUCAUAAGGGCAUUAGGUAGAGAAGACAUGAGCAGUCACAAUGAACCAACAAAGAAUAGACUGGGUAACGAGUAACGAGGGACAGGUGAGACACUCGGACACAGGUGCAGACAAUCACUAAGGAGGGAAAACACAGGAAGUAAGUCUAGACCAGGCACAGAAGAAGAGGGAACUACAAAAUAAAACAGGAAAUACUGAAAACUGAUUUUAAGAUUAAAACACUGAAAACAGGAGAGGAGCGGGAUCAAAGAUAAACUGAAAAUGCACAAACAGGAACACAGGGGACAGACACAGGAGAGAAAAACAACUACAUUACAAAACCAGGAGAAAACUAAAUUCACAAGAACUCAUCCUGACAUGUAGAUCAGCAAAACCUAAAUCAGACAAGAUUAAAGAAUGACACAACAUUAUCCUUUCAAACUCCAGCUGUUGCUCUCUUCAGUUUACAAAUGUUGACUAAGCGUUGUUCAAAUCAAAGGUGAUGCAACACAAAGGUAAAUAAGCCCCCGUCACAACCUGAUUUCAGAUAUGUUGCUCAAGUCAAGUUUAAAAUGGACAUACAAUAAAAAAGUUGAAUUCACUGUUUGGUAUAUUAUCUUUGCACUAUUUUCAACAGAAUACAGCAUUUGAAUGAUUUACACACCAUUAAAGAAGAUUUUACACAAUGGUCCAACUUUUUAUAGUCAGGGUUGGAUUCAUCUUAUCGACUACAUAACCUUUUAUUGUCUAGCACUCUGAAAGAAGCCACUCGGUGCAGAUGUAAAAUAACCAAAUAUAAAGAUGUAAGUGGUGUUGAAAUACUGUACCCUUCAAGUAAUCAGUGUAAAUCUCAACAGGAGGACAGCAUCCUGUAUGUGAAUGACUACUCUGACGGCCCCACUACCUUUGCCCAGCUGGAGGAGUACCGUGAUGAGCGGGGCCAUGAAAUGUACGUUCUCAACAGGGCCAAGCCGGUGCUGCCUCCUGCUCCACCCACUGCUGUCUCCACUACUAACCUGGGUUGCCCUGCUCCAUCUGAAACCUCUAGCCACACCCUUUCUUCAGGGGCUGGCCAAACCAUGAGUCCUGCUCUGGCCCCCAACAAGCAGCAGCAGCAGCAGCAGCAGGAGGGUGACAUACGGACCAUGAGGAGAAUGGCUGGGGAGGGAGGGGAAGCAGAGCCUGUGAUCACUUCAGAAGCUGAAGGGAUGUUCCUCAAUCACACAGGCUUGUUUUUGGACUCUCAGAUUGCAUAUGAAAUUCACUGCUGAAAGGAGGAUUAAACCCUUUAAUGUUUGUGCAAGGAAGGUGUACAGCAAAGCCUUUCACAUCUCAUCUAAGGGAAGUCAAGGUGCCACGACUGAAAUCUACCAGUAACUCACAGAAACUUGUAUCCCUGCUGAUGACUUAUCCAGCUGUGUUUGAGGAGGUUUGCUCAUGUUCGAACAAACAUUCAGAGUUGCUGUAUUAAAACGCGGUGGUGGGAAGGCUGGUGGAUUGUUUGGCAUUUAAAUCCCACACAUCAAAAGACCACAAGUGUUGGACUCAGGUAAAUACUGAGCUUCACACAACUAAACUUCCAGGCCCGUGGACAUUUGUUUCAGCAUUCACCAGGACCAUUUUAAAUCUAUAAUCCUUCCAUCAUUACUGCUCAAGAGUUAACUUCUGUCUUCUCACGAUCUUCCCCCGAAGCUCGUUGGUGAUUUGAAGGGCGCGUUUAACGGAGGAAACGAUGGAACGUUCUGGAAAACAACACCAGAGGAGUUUACUUUGUUUUAUUACUGUUAUAAUGUGUGAACAUGUUUCAAUUUGAUGUUGGUCUGUGCAGGCUGCUGAACAUCUCAAUGCAGUAUCGUGGUGGCAGGACAACAGCAUCCUUUUUUACCAUUUGUUUCUGUGUCGGAGCAUGUAAAUCAUCAUAGAGGAUGGAAUAUAAAGAAGUUUCUCUUUUGUUA